AAAUUAAACAAAUUCUUUUGAACCGUGAGUAGGAUAUUCUUUCGGCUUUUCUGUUUCGUGAUGGAUCCUGUAAAAUAUGUAGUGCAAUUCUAUCAAGUUUUACUUCAAGAAUGGUCAAAAAAGCCUCCAAAUUUGGAAAAAUGUGGUCAGAUAUUAGAAAAAUUAAAAGUGGCCCUAACUCAGAUGACAUUUCUUCCCACCAGUGACAAAUCAGCAACAAAAAAAGAGCUUCUUGUUGCACGUGAUAUUUUAGAACUAGGUGCUCAGUGGAGCAUAAAAAAUAAAAACAUCCCUGCCUUUGAAAGAUAUAUGGCUCAACUGAAAUGCUACUAUCUGGAUUACCAAAAUGAUCUUCCAGAAUCUGCAUCAAAGUACCAACUUCUGGGCCUCAACUUAUUGUGCCUUUUGGCACAAAACAGAGUAGCUGAAUUUCAUACGGAACUGGAGUUACUUCCUGCAAAGGAGAUUCAAACUAAUGUGUAUAUUCGACAUCCAGUUUCCAUGGAGCAGUAUUUAAUGGAAGGAAGUUAUAAUAAGGUAUUUUUAUCAGGUGGUAAUGUGCCAGCAGAAAGUUACAACUUUUUUAUCAACAUACUUCUUGACACAGUAAGAAAUGAAAUUGCUGCAUGCAUUGAGAAAGCUUAUGAAAAACUGGCUCUUAGUGAGGCAAGUCGGAUGCUAUUCUUUACGCAUAAGAAAGAUGUAACUGAUUAUGCCAGAAAGAGAGGAUGGAAUGUUGUGGGUGAUUAUUACAUUUUUGAUGUUGAAGAUAAACCUCAUUCUGAUGACACAAUACCAGCAUUUGAACUCGCAACGCAAGUAAUAGACUAUGCAAGAGAACUGGAAAUGAUUGUUUGAUUUUUCGUAUUUAAAUAAAAUUACUAUGCUUCUUUUUGUAAA